GGCUUCACGCGUGGGCGGGGUGCGACCCCGGCCUCGCGCUCCAGGGGCGCGUGGGGGUUUCCCGCGAGCCGCCCCCGCCCGGUGACUCAGCGCGCCGGGGGCGGUCAGACAAGGGCCGCUCCGAGCCCGGCGCAGGCAGAGUCCGCGAGGCGCUCGGCCGGGAAGGAGGCGCGGCCGUUUCGCAGACGCAGGGAGACGCCCCGCCCCGCCCCGCUCCGGAGCAGCCUCUCGCCGCGGAGCCCAUGGGACGCGGCCACUCUCCGCUGGUGACGGCGGCGCUGCUGCUGCUGCUGAGCCUGGCUCCGGCCGCCCUGACGCCCGCGCUCCCCCAGCUCUGCGCGCCCGGCAAGUUCCUCGGCUGCGCGGACUGUGGGAAGAGCCCGGACGAAGUUUGUCUCGCCUGCCCCAGGGGCACUUUCUCCGCCACGGCCAGUGCCCGGGAGAGCUGCACCAGGUGCCGCCGGUGCGAAGGAAAAUUCAAAUAUAAAAGGGAGUGUUCUCCAACAAUGGAUGCAGAAUGUGCAUGUAAGGAUGGGCAUCGCUGUAUUGGAAAAGACUGUUCUAAAUGUGUAGAAAACUGUGGCGUAGGUCGGGAACCUCUUGAAGAAGCUUGCCAGACUUGUCCCAGUGGGACAUUUAACAAUCAGACCAAUGGUCCCUGCAGACAAUGGACAAAAUGCCUUCCAGAUAAGGUCCUGGUGAAUGGGACUAAUAGGAGUGAUGUGGUUUGCAAACAAGCUUCAGAAACUAUGACUCCAUCCCCCAUUUCCAUCAUAGUCCCUAUCCAUAAACAAGGGAAGGAUCUUCAGGUGGUCACCGUCGGGAUCGCUGUUACUGUGGCCGUGGUGGUAUGCAUAAUGUUUCUGCUGCCUUUGUAUGUGUGCUUCAGCAUCUGCGACAAAAAGAAACUACCUGCUAUGUUCAAGAAAAUGAAGGUAACGCCUGAGCAAUCGACUCAGGAGGAAGAUGCCUGCAGCUGCCGCUUUCCAGAGGAAGAACAAGGAGACUGUGAUGACUGUAGCAAAUCCAAACUAUUCAGGGAUUCCUUGGUGCAUUAGAAACUGGACUUUCUAAGAAAGCCAAUUGUGAUUUCCUUUCCUUUCAGAGCACAGGACCGGAGCCUGGUUACAUAAUUGGGUGGGGAGGAGGUGGGAGUAGAAGUAGGUUAAGUGAAUUUUAAAACUUAUGGACUGAACAAUGCAGUCAGUGGUGGAAGAAGCAGGUCUUUCUCACUACAUCACUGUCCUACAGACAGAAGAGUUGGUCUUUUUUUUUUUAAUAAACUUUUUAAAAAUUAGCCCUUGUCAACAUCUCAAAUUCUAACUAAACUCUCUGGGCAGCAUCUUUAAAAUGAAAGCAAACUUGCUAAAUUUUUUUCAUAUGCUGGGACUAAUAUUUCUAAUAUAUUAUGAUUUGCCCUAGAGACUAAAAAGCAUCAAUAAUACAGGAACCACAAGCCAAACAGGUCUUCUGUUACCACUAGUAGAAGAUGCCUAUGCUAUAGCUUACUUAUUAAAGUGUGGGAGUGAGAAUAAUGUUCCUGAGUUACAGACUAAACACGGACUACAGCUAGGUACAGUGCAGGCAGCCAGCGUACAAGCUCUUUUUAUGUCUGGAACUAUAGCCCCUCCUAAUUCGUGCUCAGCUAUCACACUGAUGGGUGUGGUAUAAAAACCUAGACCCAUACUAUUUCAACUCCCAGAAUGAACUUCUAUAUCCUGCCCUACAGAAUGCUUUCCUAAUCCAGUUUAGUUAGAAGUUAAAAGGAAUAUGGUAAGUCAGGUUGUCAGAUGCCUCAGAACACCUUUUCUGUGCUUUCCAAAUAGCUGUUACAUUGAUUGGCUUUGUAGGUGGAGUGGCCACACUGGGGUGGGCAAACUACAGCCCAGGGGCUGCAUCCAGCCCUUCAGACAUUUUAAUCCAACCCUCGAAAGCUCCCGCCGGGGAGCAGGGUCCAGGACUUGCUCCACUCGAGCGCUCCAGUUGGAGAGCGGGGCCAGGGGCUUGCCACUGCUUCCAGGAGCUGCGUGGAGUGGGGCAUGUCCCCCUUUCCCUUGCUACACAUAGGGGAAGCCAAGGAGCUCCAUAUGUUGCCCCCCACUCUGAGUACCACCCCUGCAACUCCCAUUGGCUGUGGUUCCCAGCCAAUGGGAGCUUCAGGGGUGGCACCUGUGGAUGGGGCAGCAUGCAGAGCUGCCUGUCUGCACGUCCGUGUAGAAUCCAGAGGGGGGGGACAUGCUGCUGCUUCUGGGAGCUGCUUGAGGUAAGCACUGUCUG